UUCGCAUGAGAUCCUGUCUGGUUUCAGUUUACUUUCACCACUGUCGGCUCCCACAUCAACUUGUUGUCAUCCUACACCCCGCAACCCCGAGAAAGGAGCGGAAAGGUAUAUUUGAGAGAAGCAACUCAGGGAGAGGCGAGAAGAGACACAACCGAUCUCACAGAUACUCUCUACAACAAGUGAGUCCAGCUCACCUUCCAAAGCAUGAGUUCUCCCUCAGUUUCUCAUCCUGUUCCUGCUCCUUCGACUCUCCACGAGGGUGUCAACGACGCUUCACAGGAAAGCCACCCUCUUCCAGCAAUCUACCAGCAAAAUGAGUACACGCGAUCCUAUGCCCCCGAUUACAUGUCCGCGCCAGGAUACCGUGUCCAAGCUCGCCGCGGCGGUGGAUUCUGAAAACGCCGUUCUCGUGCGUGGCACGCCAGCCACCGGGAAAACGGUCCUGUGCCGAUUGCUCCGGGAAUACUACCUCGACCACAAUCGCAACGUGUAUCUCCUCCCUGUCUGGGGGCGCCAAGAAGCACCCCCGGGAUCCCCUUGGACUCAGUUCGGCUGGCGCCUGCGACAACGAGAUCCUGAGUUCGAUCCGACAUGGGCAUCGGUUCCUGCCAAGACGGUGAUUCUUAUCGACGAGGCUCAGGGUUCCUACCGCGACAUGAACUUCUGGGAUACGGUCAUCAAGGACGUGCAAUCUGGGCUUCGCCUGGGAGAUAUCAAGAUCUGCCUUUUCGAAUACUAUGGACACCCUGUGACCGGCGUGGAUUGGAGGGACCUGGACUAUGCAUAUACUCCGACGACGUUUGGCAUCGCGUCGCAUAUCGCACUGGCCCCUCGACCUGGCCUGUAUUCGGUUAAAAUCGGCAUGUUUUACACCGAAGACGAAUUUCGUGAAGUUGUGGUACUUCGGGCGGCACGGGGGUUCGAUGACGAGUUCAUGAUUGAUCGCGCGGCGAUGGAUUACUUGUAUAAGCUGACAAGUGCGCAUCUCGGGAUGGUGGCCGCCAUGGUCGAUAUCCUUUUCAAUGCGCAUUGCGAUCUUAUUAAACAAGGAAAGAUCCACACGAUCACAAUGGACCACGUGCUGGAAGUCUUGAAGGAUGAGAGUCAAUUCUUCAGGUCUAUCGAGAGCCAUGGGGCUUUUCGCUCAUUUCCUUCCCACUCCGCGUUGACGUCCAAGGCUCUUGAUGUACUGGGCCAGAUCUUAGCCAAAGGAAGCAUAUCGUUUGACUUCGACGAUGCGGCAAUGUGGAUGUGCUACAGGCGGGGCUGGGUUCACCGGACAAUUGAGGAAUAUACAUCUGAGGAUGUUGUUCCUGCCGUCGCGCCUACUCGAAAUGUGGGUUGACUGGGUUAUCGGCCGUAGGCGGAGGUGUUGGAAAGGAAACUCGG